AUGGCCCCCCAGCCAAGGCCAGAGCUGCCUGCCCGCCUGCUGGGCCCAGUGCUGCCUCGGCCGGUCCAGCACGCUGGGCACCGUGAUCCCCCUGUUCCCAGGAACGACCACCUUGCCCAGCGAGCCAGCUGGUUCUCUGGGAUCCCCAACUUCUUCGAAGUCCCAGCAGCCACGCCUGCGAGCAAGAAUGGGGCCAACACCCUCCCCCCAAACGGCCCUGCUGUGACCCCAGAGGAGCCCCUGGUCCUUGUGUCCCUGUUCCCCGCGGCGCCAGGGCCCAGGCUGCGCCGACCCCUUUUCAGUCUGGAGCUGUCGGACGCGGAGGACGCCUACCCGCGCCGCGCGGGGACGCUGGAGGUCCCGGCUGACAGCCGCGUGUUCGUGCAGGCGGCCCUGGCCCGUCCCUCCCCGCGCUGGGCCAUGGCCCUGCACCGCUGCUCGGUGACACCAUCCUCACGCCCGACCCCGGGCCCCGCCCUGGCGCUGCCGCGUGGGGGCUGUUCCGCCGACUCCUCGGUCACCUUCCCGCCACCGCGGCCGCUCCCAGGUGCCGCUCGCCCCGCGCGCUUCAGCUUCCGGCUGCGCCCGGUCUUCAGCGCCUCUGUGCAGUUCCUGCACUGCCAGCUGAGCCGCUGCCGCCGCCUCCGGGGAGCCCGCCAGACGCCUGCGCCUCUGACCCCGCCUCUUGCCUCCCCCUCCUCCCAGUGUCUGCCUCCGGAUGAGGCGUGCGCGGGCGCCGGCAGUGGCCGCGAUGAGAGUCUGGGUGCCGACAGCCCUCACCUGCACACGCUGACGCAGCCCAUCAUGGUCACGGUGCCGCGGCUGCCCCCCAGGCCACCCAAGGGCGUCCCCGGCAGUGCCGUGCGACCCGAGCCUCCCGCGCCGGCCCUGGGGGUCCUGGAGCCCGCGCCGGUGGUAGCACUUGUCUUGGCCGCCUUCGUGCUGAGCGCCGCUCUGGCCGCCGGGCUCGGCCUCGUCUGCGCUCACUCAGCGCCCCCGCCCCGCGGCCCGCCCCCGAGAGCCUCGCCCAGCGGCCCCACGCCCAGGAGGCCCCAGUGAGGCAGCGGCCGCCGUAACCCCGCCCACUAGGGAAACGGCCCCGG